UGUGGAAAAAAAAAGAAGGGACAAAGAGGGGGAGGCAAAAAAAGAGCCUUAGCCCAACUUAAAGGCCCGUGCGUGACGUUUCUUUCCAAUUAGCAUCAUUUUCCUUUUAUUUUUCAUUUUCUCUUUCCUUUUUAUUCCUUCCUUUUGCUAAUUACAAUGUCGCAUUCCACUGCCUAUGUUGACGCAUUCCUGACAAAAAAACCUAAAGAGGGUAUUCAUAUUGUUCAAAGUAGACUCAAGGAUAUUAUGACACUUGAUACAGAACUUGCCGAAUAUUUUAAAGAAAGAGCUGAAAUUGAAGAUAAUUACGCAAAGAGUUUAGCUAAAGCAUCCAAACGAUUGUACACCACCGAUCCAAGCGUCUUAGGUCACUUUGCUCCCGUUUGGGAUUUACUGCUAAAAGAGUACAACCAAAUCGCCAAUUGUCAUUCUGAAAUGGCAUACAAAAUCACCCAACAAAUCGAAAGACCACUAAGAUCACCACCCUCCGAUGAUUAUGAUAAACUACAACAGAUGGAGCCCUUUAUUCAUUCGUUAGAAAGCAAGAAUAAACUGUCUUCGGUGAAAGGAUCCAUCUUUAAAAAAUCACAAAGUAGCAAAUCCAAUUGGGAAAAUGAAGGAGUCGAUUAUUUAAACUUGUCUCAGGGAAUUGACGAAGCGCGGUUGAAUAGAUUAAAAUCUUCUGUCCAACAAUUCGAGCAAAUUCAAUGUGACCAAUUACAGAAAAGAUUGUCCUUGGCCAAUACCACUUUAAUCGCCACUGACAAAUUUGAUAUUCAACACGAUAUUCAGGAUUUCUGCUCAGAAAGAGGAAAAGGACUCAUGACAAUUGCACGUCCUUCUCAGCCCAGAAAUAGCGUUUCGCAUGAUUCUCUACGUUCCACAACAUCUUCUACAAACAAAUUCAAAUCCGUAUUCAUGAAAAAGAAAAAACAUAGUAAAUUGGACGGUGAAGAUGGUCAAUCACAAGACUCCUAUUCUCCCAUGGAUAACCAAUUUGCUACAGAUUAUCAUCAAUCACCAUCAGAUACAAUUCCUGUUGCACCCAUCAUGAACGAUACCAACAAUACUCAUUUAGUCGAUUCAGAAGGUUAUUCAGUGCCUACCACAACAGGUCAAUUCCCUACCAUCGCAUCCGAUAUCUCAUCUCGUAAUACUUCAGACGAUGUAGACUCGGAUUUCCAAAGCCUUAAAUUAAACCAAAAGUUACAAAUCAAUAUCAAGGACAGUGCCCUAAAAGAAGAGUCUUCCGAAAGUAAUGAAUCAUUCACCAAGGUUGCUAGCAUGUUGCGUGAGCGUACACCUACUAUCACAAGAAAACCGAGGGGAAGAAGAGAAAGUUCCAUGCUUAGAUCUCAGACAGACUCUUCACUUUAUAGCACAUACAAUGAUUCAUCCAAUAAUAUGAACCGCAGUAGUUCCAUGUUAUCCAUGUCGUCCAUGGAUACUGGCAAUUCCAACCCCUUCUUACAACAACAACAGCCCAUGGUAACCGAGUCUGCUCCGUACACCAGCUCUCCUCAACUCUUGCACCAUUCUCCCGUCACACUAGUCGACUCGCCAAUGACUACCACAAACAACAGUUGGCAACUUCAACCCAUUCUGGAAGACCAAAAUCCAGAAGUUCAUAUCUCUAUCCAUGAAAAGACUAGUAUGAUAGAUGCGUACCAUCGAAUGCAUGUCAAAGGACAGGUCUCAUUGACGUACACUGGAUCUACGCAAACACCCAUACUUUUAGCUGCUUCACAUCUGGAGGGCCUUCAACAAUUAAUACCAAAUCCUCAGUAUAUCUCGGUAGCCACAGACCAUUUCAUAUUAGAUACAUCACAUUUUCCUCAAGGUCAACCCGUCCCAUGUUUCACCUAUGAGGUUGAGUUAAAUGGCGAUGGUCGGUUAGCCCUGCCGCUGUAUUUAUCUCCCUCGUGGAAAUGCACAGAUGGUGUGACGUACUUGAUGAUCAAGCAUUCCCAGCAACAGCAGCAGUCUUUGGAUAAACUAAAGGGAUCCAUUCAUGUAUUUUACAAUCAUGUGACAAAUGUCCAAAGCACACCUCAGGGUAUCUGGGACAUGAGUAAGAACCGUUUAACAUGGCAUCUCAAAGAUUUAAUCGAACAAUAUCAUAAAGAAAAGGAACCACCACGAUUACUUGCUAAAUUCUUUCUUGAUGAGGACAAGAGGGUGGGAACAUCCCAACCUGUUUACUUUAAUUAUCUUCAAAAGGAUGUUUCCGCCACUGGAUUUUCUAUCCGUGUAUUAGAGGGUUCAUCUAUCAAACAAACUUUAGAAACACUUGUUCAAUCUGAAAACAUUAUUUUACAUUAA